CUUAACUCAUUGACCAUGCGCACCACCUCGAUUGUUGUGUGUCUGCUCCUUGCUGCCGCGGCAACCGCCGUGUUUGUCCCCGGCCGUGGUGGCUACAUCACCGUGGAGCCGUCGUUUGAUGGCAAGCUCUGGUACUGGCUCUUUGACGCGCAGAAGGCCUCGCCGACCGACGAUUCGACGCCGUUUGUGCUCUGGCUCACCGGCGGCCCUGGCUGCUCCGGCUCGCUGGCGGCGCUCAACGAGAACGGCCCGUACUCGGUCGACUCGCACCUCAAGCUCAAGUCGAACCCGUACUCGUGGAACAACAACGCUAACAUGCUGUACAUUGACCAGCCGUUUGGCGUCGGCUUCUCAUCGUCCCCGCCGGAGGACUACGUGCACAACACCACUGAGGCCAUGGGUUACGUCGUCACCUUCCUGGAGAUGUUCUUUGAGCAGAACCCGCAGUACGCCAAGCAGCCGUUCUUCAUCACCGGUGAGAGCUACGGCGGCCACUACGUGCCCGAGCUUGCCCGCCAGAUCCUUGCCAACUCGCCCGCACUCGCCUCGCGCCUCCAGGCCAUGGAGAUCGGCAACGGCAUGAUCGAUCCGCUCCUCCAGUUCCCGAUGUACCCGGCGUACGCCAAGAAGUUCGACCUGGUGUCGAACAACGUCAUCAAGGAGGCCGACAACAUGGUCGCCGACUGCGUCGCCCUCAUCAAGGCCGGCGAGGUUGCCCAGGCCUACCAGACCUGCCUCCCCAUCAUCGGUUACAUCCUCGAGAACACCAACAUCGAUGGCCACCAGAUCAACCCGUACAACCGCCUCGAGCCGUGCCUCGACGGCUCGCUCUGCUACAACUUUACCGCUCCGACCGACUGGCUUAACGAGCCCGCCGUCCAGGCUGCUCUCAACGUCGACCCGUCCAUCAAGUGGGCGACGUGCAACUUUGACGUCAACGCCGAUUUCACCGACUGGACCGUCUCGUACGCCGACGGCGUCACCGCCAUGCUCGAGGGUGGCAAGCGUGUCUACAUCAUGGCUGGCAUGCUUGACUACAUCUGCAACUACCUCGGCUCCCAGGCCGUCGCCCUCGACGUCCCGUGGUCGGGCAAGGCCGCCUUCAACGCCGCGCCCAUGCAGCAGUGGUACGUUGGCUCCGACAACGCUGGCUCGGUCCAGACCUACAAGAACCUCAACCUCGUCUUUGUCGAGGGCGCCGGCCACAUGGUCCCCAUGGACCAGCCGAAGAACGCCCUCGUCUUCUUCGACCACUUUAUCACCAACACGGCGUUCAACACAACGUCGGCCUAA